UUCAUAUCGCUAUUAAAAAAACCGGUUUGUUAUGCUAUACGUUGCCAUGGUUGAAUUGAUUGUGAUAUAUUGUUUUACCGCCGCUUCAGUCUGUCGUCGCUACUUUGCGCUGAAAGUCGUGGGUGUCACACAAGUUGAUACACUAAGAUAAUUGAUAUUUUGGGGCGUUUCAGUAAACAAUGGCAGUUUGAAUCAAAUUAACUUGAUCAGUGAAUUUUAAAAUCGAUCGAUUAAUCCGUGAUGACAUUGGCAUUGUCGAGAAUAGAUUAUACGACGGUGGGAGUCACCUCACGUGGCACAACCAUCAUAUUUCCGCCUUAUGAAGGGACGACGAAGCAACCACAAAAGUUUGCUGUUGCAGAUCACGACGGUGUGCUGCAUAUUUAUGGCAUGAAAAAGGGGGAGUUGCAAUUAUCGUUUAAAUCCUUGCCCGGCCCAAAAAUUCAGAAAAUGGUUCUUGGUGGCUCAAUAGGUAUGUUGAGGGAUAAAAUUUUUCUUGCGUACGGCAGCUCCGUAAAAGGAUUCACGAGAAAGGGCAAGCUGUUCUUAGAGUUCGAUACCAGCCUUAUAGAUCCGAUUUCUGCGAUGUACGUCCUCGGUCCUGAUCUUGCGGCAUGCGCGCGUGAUCUUUAUCAUCGGUACAGAGACUGCAAAGAUGCCGAUUCGUACCUGACUGGAGAGACCUUGUACGAUGUAGUGCUCUUGCCUGGAGACGGCAACGUAGUAUACGCUAUUCUAGCCUGUGCGGACUGCGCGGUACGUGUUUUGCAUGGUACAAGAAGUCCAACGGUUUUAAGAUUGCCGAGCGCUCCUACGGUGCUUUCCAUAUACAGAGAGGGAGAAAUAUACUCGAGGGACCGCGUUUUGGUCGGUACCGCGGAUGGUAGAGUCGGACUGUUGAUCCUUCAAGGCAACAAAACUCUUCGAAUUACCUGGCUGUUGACUUCGACAGGCUCGGGAAUCACUUCGUUGGAUACAUACGAGUUGCAAGACGGUAUAGAUAUCCUUGUUGGUCGGCAGGAUGGAGUCGUCGAGGUGUACACGUUUCCUGACGAAGAUGUAUCGUCCAUUCUGCGCUAUCACUAUAAUGCUGGCGAGAGUAUUAGUACAGUCGUCGGUGGGAUAAUCGGUGUCGCCAAUUAUCCUGAGGUUCUCGUCACGACUUACUCAGGACGAGUAUUCGGAUUGACUACCAGUCCUCCCGGUUUACUAGAAGCGGGACAAAGCGAUAUCGGAUUGGCCAGAUUAAAGCUGGAAAUACAUCAACUGCAAGAGAAACUCAUUGAGGAGAAAGAUUCAGCCAAUUUUGUGCCGGACCCUUUAGCACCUUUGAUAUUAGCAGUGAAUCAUAAGAUGGAAUUACACAAAGAAGAUGCUUCAUAUUCCCUAUCAGUAGAAUUAGACGCGUCGAUUGACAAUAUUCUAAUACAAUCCGAUACGCCCAUCAACCUGCUGGAGACAGAGAACAAUAGCGCAGUGGUCAGCUUAUCCGCUUGCAAUCCUACAGAGGGCAAUUUCCUCCUUGCUACUUAUCGAUGCCAAAUUAAUACAAAUCGUCUAGAAAUGCGACUAAGAUCCAUCGAGGGUCAACCAGGUACCUUGCAGAUCUAUGUAACGUCCCAGGUAUUUUUCUUUUACACGUUGUCUUUCAAAUCCAAGAUUCAUGUUAUUAAUAUCUAUGGUAAUUCUCAGGUACAACCGAAACGUUGCCGUAAAAUUACAGUUCCCAUUCACGCUUUAUCUCUGCAUGUUAGACUGCACGAAGACGAUAAUAUCACAUCCAGUGGUCCGUUUAAUGAAUUGAAACUAAAUGGCCAAUUCACCAUUGCUGAAAUGCACGCGUGGCUAUCUUUAGCGUUACCAGACGUGCCCGAGAGGCCUCAUAUUAACGAGGGUGAAGCUGUUUUAAUAUAUAUCUCGUCCUUCAUCGGCACAAUUCUCAAAUGCAAAUAUAAAAAAGGAAGUGCACUUUUUCUUGGCGAGAAUAUAUCCACUAUCAUAAUUCUUAGAGACAUCUUGACGAAGGAGGCGACGAAACGAAAGCUAAAGCUAGACGUCUUCUGCGGUAAUUAUUUGCGAUUGUUGCAUAUUUCUCUUCGAAGUUGUAAAAUGAUCGUAAACGUAAAUUUUUACACAGAGGUAGCAGAAGGAAGCAUAUCUAGAGUCUUGGAGUUAAUUCUUCCGCGUUUGAAUGCAGCCUACGAUUUAAUCCAAAAAAUAAAGAUUCUGGAUGCUCUCGAAGAGUGGGAGCUCCAGUCCAAUCCAAGGGAAAAUUUAUGCUCUGAAUAUCAAGAGUUGUUGGAAAAGGAGACGGAGAUUAGAUCAUUUAUGGCGAAGGAUACUGAAAUCCUGAAUAGGCUGCACGCUAUCAUUACCGAUUUAUAUGUAGAUUGGGAACGAGCGAAGCGAUCUCGAAGAAUCAGUGGUAAGGAGGCUACAGCGAAGCUCCAAGAUGCCCUCGAAUCUAAAGACCUAGCUACCAUCUUACAAAUUUUCAUCGGUAAAGCCGACGUGAGCGUGCCGACUCUAAUACCCGCGGCUAUUUAGAUGUUCGGAGAUUGCGAAUGAAGUGGACCAAUGCAUUUCUA